UGAAUCAACAUGGCGGCGUCUGUGUGGCGGCUUGUCCGGUCCUGUAGCAUUAACAGAAGUAGAGGUUUAAUAUUUAACAGAGUGCAUAAAAGAGGAAUUGCAGCCUGCAUUGAUCCUUCAGUAGGUCUUACAGAUGAACAAAAAGAAUUCCAGAAAGUGGCAUUCGAUUUUGCUGCCAACGAAAUGGCACCACACAUGGCACAAUGGGACGAGAAAGAAAUUUUUCCUGUGGAGACCAUGAGAAAUGCAGCCCAGCUUGGGUUUGGAGGAAUUUACGUAAAGCCAGACGUUGGGGGCUCAGGACUGUCUCGCCUAGACACGUCCAUCAUCUUUGAAGCUUUGUCUACUGGCUGUGCGAGCACCACAGCUUACAUCAGCAUUCACAACAUGUGCGCCUGGAUGAUCGACACAUUUGGUAAUAAUGAGCAGAGAGAGAAGUACUGUCCUGAUCUGUGCACCAUGGAGAAGUUUGCCUCAUACUGUCUGACUGAACCUGGAAGCGGAAGUGACGCAGCGUCACUGUUAACCAGUGCAAAGCUACAAGGAGACCAUUACGUUCUGAACGGCUCCAAGGCCUUCAUCAGUGGUGGAGGAGAUACCGACGUGUAUGUAGUAAUGUGUCGUACUGGUGGGAAGGGCCCCAAAGGCAUCUCCUGUCUGGUGGUGGAGAAGGGAACUCCAGGACUCAGUUUUGGUAAAAAGGAGAAGAAGGUCGGUUGGAACUCACAACCCACGAGAGCUGUAAUCUUUGAAGAUUGUGCAGUGCCGGUGACUAAUCGGCUCGGGGCAGAGGGACAGGGCUUUAACAUCGCCAUGCUCGGACUCAAUGGGGGCAGAAUUAAUAUUGCUUCCUGUUCUCUAGGAGCUGCUCACGCAUCUGUGGUGCUGGCUCGAGAUCACAUGCGUGUGCGCAAACAGUUUGGGGAACCUCUAGCAAACAGCCAGUUCCUGCAGUUUAAACUGGCUGAAAUGGCAACGAAGCUGGUAGCAUCCCGGUUACUCGUGCGUCAGGCGGCAGUCGCUCUGCAAGAGAACAGACCAGAUGCAGUGUCACUCUGCUCCAUGGCAAAACUCUUCGCCACUGAUGAAUGCUUUGCCAUAUGUAACCAGGCCCUGCAGAUGCACGGAGGAUAUGGCUACCUCAAGGACUAUGCAGUACAGCAGUUUGUCCGUGAUAUUCGAGUACAUCAGAUAUUAGAAGGAACCAAUGAAGUGAUGAGGAUGAUAAUUUCCAGAAAUUUACUGACCGAGUCUUGAUCAUGAAACCGGAACUUUAAGCGCAUCACAGACUUUGUUACCACAGAAGCGACUAAUCAAUUAUAAAUGACACACAAUGAGAAGCUGGUCAGAAUCUCACACUUUGAAGUUAGAAAUGUCUAAAUAGUGUUUGCUCUAUAUUCAAGACAUGCUGUAGGGAAACACACUGCGAAUAGAGAAAAUCAUGUUUAAUACCACUCCAAAGUUAUUACUGUUUCCUGUGUUACAGUGGUUUGAGUAUUCUAAAGGCUGGUUUCAACAUCUUGUGUCUCAUCAUUUAUGAAGCAGUCACUAUAUGCAA